AUGAAACAGAAUAAGGAUGCUAAAAUAACCAAUUAAAGAUCUAAAUCUGAAUCGAAUUAAAAUGGGCUGAAAAAAUUGAAAUAACCUAAUUAUGAUUUUCAUAAGACUAGGAAGGAUGGUGUAAAAAAGGAUAUUCUUUACCAUAUUGAAAAAUGGAAUCAAUAUCAAGAAAAUAGCAAAGAAAUUAAAAAUUUUUAUAAAGACUUAGAAUAAGACCAUUCAUUUAUUUAGUGGAUCUUCCCUAAUUUCUUUAAUAGCAUGUUUAAUUCUGAUAGCUAUAGAUUAACAAUAGAAGAAAGAAAUUAAAUGAUUGAAGAUAAUGAUGUUAAAUAUUUAUUAAUUAAUGUAGAUUAUGAGAUUCUAUAUUAGUAAUUACAAAAUGUUUUUAAGAUUUUUGGGAAUUAAAUGGAAUAAUGAGAAGUUAGAAUUAGAGAACAAAAAUCAAUUUAAUAUAUGUCUUCAAAUUAAUACUCAUAAUUAGUUAAGAUUAAGGAGAGUAUUGGCUUCUUUAAGUGUUUUAGGCUAAAGAAAACUAGCUAUAUAAUUGUUAGAUUUUAUAUAUAAAGAGUGCAACAAACUUUAUGGCACAUAGUAUUAUCUUUAUGACUUGGUUCAAGAGGAAUAAUAAAAAUACUAAAUCGAUUUUCAAUCUUAAUAAGAUUAUUAAGAUCUUUAAUAAAUUAAAUAACAAGAGAAAAUAGAAAAAAUAAAUAUAGAUUAAUCGGCUAUGAAAUCAAAAAUGAUUUAAGAUCCUCCUAUCAAAUAAUAAGACAAUAAAUAAGGAAUAGGUGGACAUUCAAUAAAAGAAAUAUAAUAGAAGUAAGGAUUCAAUAAAGUUGAAAAGGAAUAGUAAAAGGGAUUGGAAGAAAUAAAAUUAGAAGAUAAAACUAAAUCAAAUUUUAAAAAUUAAAAUUCUUUAGCAAAUAAGUAAUUUUUAAUUUAAAAAAAACCUAAUUAUCUCCAUGGCAAGUAUGAUAGAGCAUAACUGUUAUUUAAUUUUGAUGAAGUGAAAAAUAAUUAUGUGUAGGGAGAUUUAUUGGAUAAAACUUGGGUUACUAUAAAUUUAUUAUCCAAUAAAAAAGUAGAUAUUUAACAACAAUGA